GUAUUGUAAUGGCACUGAAUCGAUGUGGGUUUUGUAUUGGAAUUUUGAGCAAGUAGUUUGAUGUUAGCUGGUUUAGAGUUUAGAUAGAUUUCUGGGUUUUUGUUGUGAUAUUUCUGGCAAACCCGAUGUUACCUUGGGGUGAAUGAGCUAUCGUUUCUCUUUGUUUUCAGAUUUUUGGGACUGGUGAAAAUGGACUCAGUUGCUUGACUUGUUACAACUUCUUCAUCUUCACCUUUGGGGUGGCUCCAUGGAUACCAUAUACCAUAAAAGGUAUUUACCCCGCUUCUAAAAACAUCAUGAUUAAAAGCACUCAAAGCGGCUAGAAACGACAGAAGUGGCAAAUACAAAGUUGCAAGAAAUUAAGACUAUCAAUCUAAAAACGACAGAAGUGCCGAGUGCCAUCCACAACAAGAGAAUUUGAAAUGGGGUCGAAUAAGAACAAGAAGAGGAGGAGGACGGCGGAGCGACCCACGACCCACCCGAGAAACAAAUACUCCGAUAACCCGCCCGACUUCGCCGAACUAGCUUCUCUCUACCCGUCUUUCAAACCCUUCGUUUUCUUUGGCCGCGAUGGCCGACCCAGAAUCGACUGGACCGACUUCAACGCCACCCGGGAACUCACCCGGGUCCUGCUCCUCCACGACCACCGCCUCAACUGGUGGAUUCCGGAUGGUCAGCUAUGCCCCACGGUACCCAAUAGAUCGAACUACAUUCAUUGGAUUGAAGAUCUUCUGUCAUCUGACAUUAUUGCCAAGACUACAAAAAAUGGUGAUAAAGUGAGGGGGUUUGAUAUAGGAACUGGAGCAAACUGCAUAUAUCCACUUCUUGGUGCAUCACUUCUGGGGUGGAGCUUUGUUGGGUCAGAUAUGACUGAUGUAGCGCUAGAGUGGGCUGAAAAGAAUGUAAGAGAUAAUCCACAUAUCUCGGAACUUAUUGAAAUUAGAAAGGUAGAAGGUGGUGAAAACACCCUUCCAGCAAAAGGAUCAAAUAAUGAGGCAUUGGUUAGUACCAAAAGCGAAAUAGAUCUGACUGAGGAUAUGGCAAGGGAAGGGAAUGCUCGUCUGAAUACAGGGUAUUAUGUGUCACCUAUCCUUCUUGGAGUGGUCAGGGAUGGUGAGGAGUUCGACUUCUGCAUGUGUAACCCUCCAUUUUUUGAGACAAUGGAAGAAGCAGGACUCAAUCCAAAAACUUCAUGUGGUGGUACCCCAGCUGAGAUGAUUUGUCCUGGUGGGGAGAAGGCAUUUGUUACUCGCAUUAUAGAAGAUAGUGUCAAGUUGAGGCAUACUUUUCGGUGGUACACAUCAAUGCUAGGGAGGAAAUCAAAUCUCAAACUACUAACUUCAAAGCUUUGGGAAGUUGGAGCCACAGUAGUAAAGACAACUGAAUUUGUCCAAGGCCAAACAUGUCGAUGGGGGUUGGCCUGGUCCUUUUUACCUCCUGUUAAGAAGAUAUUAUCAUCUCAUGUGACCGAAAAGAGUAACCUCUCCUUCAUGCUUGAGGGCCUUGAACGAAAACUAGGUGCCAUACAUGUCUUGCAGUCAGUUGAAGCCUAUUUCCGCAAUGCUGGUGCAUUGUGUAAAUUGAACACAUCCUCAUUUUCAGUUGAUAUCACUGCAAAAGAUGAUAAGUCAGAUGCAAACUUGAAAAGUGAGUCACAGAAUUGUGAUGGAGUUGCAAGUUGUGAUGAUGUGCAAGAGGCAUCUGGAUCAAGCUGUUUGAAUUUGCGGUCAAAUAACCUAAGUUUCCGUGUUUCAGUCUUUCAGCAAACCCCUGGCACACUUCUGGUGAAAGGCUCACUACAGCAGAGAGAUGGUCAAGUUUCAGGAUCAUUCUCACCGAUAUUUCGAAGGUUGGAGGAAGUUCUGAAACAGAAGUUCCAUAGAGAGAAGUAGAACAUAGUACAACUUUUCCAGCAAUAUACAUAUGUUAGCUUGAAAGUAUACUAUUACGCCCAUUUGAGGUGCACUCUAAAGUGGUAACUUCCGUGUUUUGUAUCCUCAUGUGUGGAGUGAACUCGGGGGUUAUUAACAUGUUUCUUGUCCAUUUUUUUUUUUUCCUUUUUCAUUUGUUGUAUGCUAUCCCUUUAGUUGAGUAUAAAUCUCAGUGGCAUUGUUCUCACUCAUUUCGGGUUUAUUCACUACAAACUCAAUGACCAAGAAUUGGAAUUUGAGACUCUGAGGAAUUGUAGAUAUAACAGGUUAGUUGCAAGAUUGUGAUUCGUCAAUAACUUAAAACAAGUUUGAGAUUUCUUAUCAGUGAAGUUAUAUUAAAGUUUGUUUGCUAUA